AUAAUAGAAUGGUUUGGUCUUAUCAAAAUUAAAAGCAAAUAUUGCCAUUAUUACACAUACCUGUAACUCAACGAUUAGAGAGAAAACAAGUUUGCAAUUUCAAUCAUCCAGAGAGAGAAGGCUCCUUCCUACAAUGGCUACUUUGACUAUCCCACCAGUCUUGUCAUCGCCUCGUGAUGACGCUAUGCACUUAUACAAGGCUUUCAAGGGACUUGGUUGUGACACUUCAGCUGUUAUCAAUAUUCUUGCCCAUCGUGAUUCAGCACAGCGUGCUCUCAUUGCAAAUGAAUAUAAGGUUAUGUACUCUGAAGACCUGACCAAACGACUCUCUUCAGAGCUUAGUGGAAAUGUCAAGAAAGCAGUCUUACUUUGGAUGCCCGAUCCAGCACGAAGGGAUGCAAUCAUACUGCGAGAUGCUUUAACUACUGACAUUGAUCUAAAAGCUGCUACUGAAGUCAUAUGUUCUCGGACUCCAACCCAGCUGCAACAUCUUAAGCAACUUUACCAUGCCCUUCAUGGUACUUACCUUGAGCAUGCCAUUCAAGCUCAAGCUUCUGGGGACCUUGAACAGUUGCUUCUGGCAUAUUUAAGUACACCUCGUAGUGAAGGGUUUGAAGUUGAUAGAACGAUGGUAGAUCAUGAUGCUAAAGCUCUGUAUAAAGCUGGGGAAAAGAGACUGGGAACCGAUGAGAAGACUUUUAGAGUCAUUUUCAGUGGAAGAAGUCGGGCACACCUUGCUGCUGUCAGUUCUGCAUAUCAUAGUAUGUACGGGAGGGAACUGAAGAAGGUGGUAAAAAGUGAAACAUCGGGAAACUUUGAGCAUGCCCUUGUCACCAUCUUACAAUGUGCUGAGAAUCCUGGGAAGUACUUCGCUAAGGUCCUGCGUAAAGCAAUGAAGGGGAUUGGAACUGCUGAUAAAACGCUGAUAAGAGUAAUCGUUACAAGAACAGAGAUUGAUAUGCAGUACAUUAAGGCCGAGUAUCAUAAGAAGCAUCAUAAAAGUCUGAACGAUGCUGUUCACUCGGAGACAUCUGGCCAUUACCGAACCUUUCUUCUUUCGCUCUUGGGCCCGAAUCAUCACUAGCAAGUGUCUCGAUGUUAUUCCCUUCCCAUCUAGCUUUAGAUCUUCGUGGUGGUAUCAGUGUGUUUGAAUAAUCUGUGCAUUUGAAUUAUUGUGUCUAUUGUAACUCUACGAUUGUGUUGUGUGUAUUUGUUGCCAACUGAAAGAUGUUAUAUAGUAUCAACUAUCAAAUGUAAUGUGCAGUUGUGUAA